AUGGCGGAUCAGCUCACCGACGAUCAGAUCUCCGAGUUCAAGGAGGCUUUCAGCUUAUUCGACAAGGAUGGCGACGGUUGCAUCACGACCAAGGAGCUUGGAACCGUAAUGAGAUCCCUCGGCCAAAACCCGACCGAAGCCGAGCUUCAAGACAUGAUCAACGAGGUCGAUGCCGAUGGGAAUGGGACCAUCGACUUUCCCGAGUUUUUGAACCUCAUGGCUAGGAAGAUGAAGGACACGGACUCCGAGGAGGAGCUUAAGGAGGCUUUUCGUGUUUUUGACAAGGACCAAAAUGGGUUCAUCUCGGCAGCCGAGCUUCGCCAUGUCAUGACGAAUCUCGGCGAGAAGCUGACCGACGAGGAGGUUGAUGAGAUGAUCCGGGAGGCUGACGUGGAUGGCGAUGGCCAGAUCAACUACGAGGAGUUUGUCAAGGUCAUGAUGGCCAAGUGA